AUGAAAUUAGAAAAAUAUAAAACCAUCAGAGAAAAAAUCAAGGUUAUGCUCAACAACCAUCGCUGUAGUGACGUCAAAUUUCUUGUUCGAGAAAGCGUCGAUGAUGUUAGUGGAAGAAAACAAGUACUCCCAGCUCACAGGUUUGUACUGGCGAUUGGUAGCCCGGUGUUUGAAGCAAUGUUUUACGGUGACCUGGCGGAGACCAAAGACACUAUUGAACUGCCCGAUUGUGAUUAUGGGAAUCUACUGGAGUUGUUUCGCUUUAUGUACAGUGAUAAAGUGAAUUUAAGCGGAAGUAAUGUGAUGGGAGUGCUAUAUUUGGCUAAGAAAUAUAUGGUCUCUUCACUUUCCGAUAAAUGCACAGAAUAUCUCAAAGAAAAUUUAGAUUCAUCGAAUGUUUUAAGCAUCCUGUCAUGUGCUCAGACGUAUGAGGAGAAAAGCCUGGAAGAGGAAUGCUGGAAAGUUAUCGAUGAACAAACGGAAGCUGUCGUGAAAUCGGAUGACUUUGUCACAAUUCAGAGAACCUUACUUGAAGCAAUAGUAAAAAGAGAUACUUUGAAUAUUGCCGAAGUAGAAUUGUUUAAAGGACUAAUGAGAUGGGCAACAAAACAAUUGGAAAAAGAAGGCUUAGUGAGGGCAGACGGGCAAGAAAUAAGAGAAAUUCUCGGAGAAAGGAUCGUGAAAGCGAUACGGUUUCCCGCGAUGGAGCGGAAAAAUUUUGCCUCUGUGGUACUUGACACUGAAAUACUCACCUAUGACGAGGUCAACGCUAUCAUUAAGCAUCAGUGUAAUUUAAUGCAAAGUUCUCUUUUAAACUUUCCAGUUUUCAAACGAUCGGGUCCUUCCCACUCCGAAUCCUGUUGCAGAUUUACUAGAAGCUCGAUAAAGUUUGGUUGGAAUAAUUCAGAAUCAGACAAGUCCUGUCUGGGUAUUUCUGUGGACCGCGACAUAAUCUUUCAUGGGGUGAAAUUGUUCGGUAGUAGGGAUAAUACAUACUCUGUUUCCCUUUCGCUUAUCAAGGACUUAGAUGGAAAAGUUCUUGCUUCUGUAGAUGGUGUAUUUUCAUCUCCAUCCUGCGCAACGGAAGCUAGUGACUACGACUUUGUUGUCACGUUUAAAGAGCCAGCUUUAUUGAGAAAAGGUGAUGAAUAUGAACUUGAAUGUAGAAUUUCCGGCCCUCAGUCCUGGUACGGUACUGAAGGACACCAAACUAUCUGUUGCCAUGGUGUUACAUUUUCCUUGAAAAACACCCGCGUAUGGUAUUCAUCCUUAAGAACCACUACUAAACAAGGACAAAUUAAGGAGUUCAUUUACAGCCUUAUUCCGUCAAAAAACAAUUCGUAG